AUGAAGUUUCUACAAGUCGCUGCAGCGGCCUUGCUGGCCAUUGUUGGCCACACCGACGCCAAGUCGACGUUUGCGCCGGCUCGCCCCCCUGCUGCCCCCCUCGCCGUCCGCUCGCCGUACCUCAAUGUCUGGCUCAAUGGACGGACUGACGGUGGUGAGAGUGGUAUUCUCCCGAAUCAAUGGCCUCGCUUCUGGACUGAAGGUGUCCAGGGCUGGCAAGGCUUCAUCAAGGUCGACGGCAAAACGUACAAUUGGAUGGGAAACCACCCCAGCACUGACUUUGCCGACCAAACCGCCCAAAGCUACACAUCGACCAAGACCGAGUUCGUCAUGAAUGUCGGCGGCAAGGUCGAGCUCACCGUCAGCUUCCUGUCGCCCGUCUUUCCCGAUGAUCAUAUUCGCCAGUCGAUUCCAUUUGCCUACAUGAAUGUGGAGGUCAAGUCCAUCGACGGCCGCUCCCACUCUGUCCAGAUUUACAGCGACGUCUCUGGAGAAUUUGCGUCUGGUGAUAACAGCGCCCUCAUUCAAUGGGAGCACCAAAAAGUCAACGGCCUCCACUCACAUCACUUCUGGCGGCAGAACCAAGAUGUCUUCAACGAGGCCAACGAUCAGGCUUCGUGGGGCAAUUGGUACUGGACAACAAAGGACCAGCGUGGUGUCAGCUACCAGAUUGGACAGGACACUGCGGUGCGCAGCGAGUUUGUGAACAACGGCCGUCUGGACGGUAGCAUCGACAGCCAGUUCCGCGCUGUUAGUGAUCGAUGGCCCGUCUUUGCGCUGUCUCGCGAUCUUGGAAAGGUCAAGGGAUCUGUCACCACGCUCUUCACCAUUGGCAUUGCACAAGACGAAGCCAUCCAGUUUCACGGCAACGGUGAGCAAAAGGGUCUUCCCUCUUUGUGGAAGGACGAGUUCAGCAGUGAGGCCGAUCUCGUCAAUUUCUUCUACAACGACUACUCCUACUCGCUGGAGCAUUGCCUGGAGCUCGACCACCGCAUCGAAUCCGACUCCAAGGCCGUUGCUGGUCAGGACUAUGCUACCAUCACCAGCCUGGCUCUCCGUCAAUUUUACGGCGCCAUUCAGCUCGCGGGUACCAAGGACAACAUCAAGGUAUUUAUGAAGGAGAUUAGCUCAGACAGCGAUAUCCAGACUGUGGAUGUCCUCUUCCCAGCCUUCCCCGCCAUGGUGUACCUGAACCAUGACUUGAUCAAGUGGAGUCUUGAGCCUCUCCUGGAGUACCAAAAGAGCGGUCGCUACCCCAACAAGUGGGCUGUUCACGAUCUCGGCCGAUACCCGCGCGCCCUGGGUUACGAUGCCGGCAACGACGAGCCGAUGCCGCUGGAGGAGUGCGGCAACAUGAUUAUCAUGAUGCUUGCCUAUGCACAAAGGUCUGGCGACAACAAGUGGCUGGCGGAUAACUGGGAUCUGCUCACCCGCUGGGCGAAUUAUCUGAUCGAAGAUGCCAAGAUUCCUGCGCACCAGUUGUCGACCGACGACUUUGCCGGGCAGCUCGCCAACCAGACCAACCUCGCCAUCAAGGGCAUCAUUGCCCUGGAGGCCAUGUCGGAGAUUUCCGUACGCGCCGGGCACGACGACCAGAGGCAGCACUACAGCGAUAUUGCACACGACUACUACGGCUUCUGGUCCGAGCAUGGUAUCAACCACAACGCCACGACGCCGCACUCGACGCUCGCCUACAACGACAUGGAGAGCUACGGCCUGCUGUACAACCUCUGGGGCGACAAGGUGCUCAAGCUCGGCUUCAUCCCCGAGGAGGUCUACAAGAUGCAGAGCGCAUGGUACCCGCACGUGGCCAACGAGUACGGCAUGGUGCUGGACACGCGCGGGACGCUGACCAAGACGGACUGGGAGAUUUUCGCGGCGUCCAUGGCCGAGGAGUCGACCAAGAUGCAGUUUGUCAAGCUCAUUGCCAAGUGGAUCAACGAGACGAAGACGUGGCGGGCUCUGACGGACCUGUACGACACAAAGGACGGCGGCUACCCGCGCGGCAUUGAGUUUACGGCGCGACCGGUCGUGGGUGGUCUGUUUGCGAUUCUUGCUCUGCGAUGA